AUGCGUAUCGAUCGGGAGGAGGAGGAGCACGGAAUACACGGAGUCGAGAAUGAUGAUCGCUCGAUUCCCGAUAGGAUGUACUCCUUAAAAAUGGUGACCAGAUGGAUUAUGGAGCUUUUUCUGCCGAAAUGGAUACUCGUUCGUCCUACUUACGUCGCCUCAUCCGAUACGAUAGUUACAUUCGUUCGUUUCCUCCUCACAUCGAUCAUCUCAUUUGGUGGCACACAGGUUUCGACUCACUCGCUUGAGAAAAGUGUAUUUUCUGUGCUUGUAUGCCAUGGAUUCGAUUCGCAACAGCAGCUGAUUUGA